CUGUGGCUUUACUGCUGUUAUCCAGGGUGCAGCGAUGACCUUCAGACGUUGAGAGAAAGGCAUAUUGAACGUCAGAGAUGGCACUUCUCCUGUCUUUUAAAUCUGGCCUCUGGGACGCCGCAAGACUGCCCUGCGCCGUUGGAACCAUCCGACAUCUCUCCACGCGGAGAAAACCUCAGGCGGGGGAGCGCGAACUUCCUGGUGGGUUGAGCAGCCAAGUGACUCCUGAUCAUGGGCUUGAAACAGCCAAGGACCAGAGCGAGGCCCAGCCACGUAAACCCUGGAAAGGUCGUGCCCUUCGGAAAGAGUUCUGGCGGCAAUUUCGUGCGCAGACCAUGCCGUCUGACAGGGAGGAGCUGAAGAACUUGAGGAACGACGAUUUCCCCGAGAGGAAGAGGAGCCCCCCGCAGAAACCCCUCCCCGUCGAAAGGACCAAAGGCUCAGAGAUCUUGUUUGGGGUUGCUCCCUGCUCCUUGGCUCUGGCCAGAUCCAAGAGGAACUUUUUCCAACUCUUCCUCAAGGCUGGCAAGGGCACUCCAUCGCCUAUGCUGGAAGAAUUCUCCCAGCGCGCCAAGGACAGGGGGAUUCCAGUGAAGGUGGUUCAAAGGAAGGUUCUAGAUGGCCUCUGCAAGGGCGCUGUCCAUCAGGGCGUGUGCCUGGAAGCCACGCCCCUCCGCCCCAUUGGCUGGCAGGAGGCACCGCCCCCUGAGGCAGAGGGAGGGGGGUCCCAGCUCCUUUGGCUGGCUCUGGAGGGGAUACAGGACCCCAUGAACCUGGGAGCUAUCCUUCGGUCUGCUCACUUCCUGGGCGUCGACAGGAUUGUGAUGAGUCAACGGAACAGCUGUCCCCUGACACCUGUGGUCAGCAAAGCCAGCUCGGGGGCCAUGGAAGUUCUGGACGUAUAUAACACAGAUGAUCUUCAGAGCCUUCUUAAGGCAAAAUCAGAGCAAGGAUGGGAAGUCCUUGGAACAGCUGCCCACACCAAAGACUUGGAUUCUGUCCCCACCGUGAGUUGCUUAGAUUUCCGCUGGAAGGGACCCACCAUACUGCUGCUAGGAAAUGAAGGUUAUGGCCUUUCUCCGGGGACUAGAAGCUUGUGCCAAAGGAUGUUGACCAUUUUCCCAGGGCGAGAGCUGCCGCCUGGGAUCGAGUCCUUAAAUGUGUCUGUUGCAGCUGGAAUCCUCUUGCACUCGAUCUGCAGCCAAAGAGAGAGAGACCCGUGAUGCUUCUAUAAGAAAAACAAAACAAAAGCACUGUGCCUUUGAGGAACUCGUCCAGAAGUUCUGGGAUUAGGGGAAGUGGCGUCCGGGAAUUUUCUGGGCCAGAAGGAAAGGAUUGGAACACAGUCCUCACUUCUGCUCUCUUCCACCAGACAGGGUUGGUGGAGCAGCAGGGCCACAAGGCAUCCACAGCUGUUAUGUGACAGAAGGUGUGUGUGUGUGUGUGUGUGUGUGAGAGAGAGAGAGAGAGAGAGAGAGAGAGAAUGUGCUCUGCAAGAAUUUUAGUCCUGAUGAUGACUUUAAACUCUAGUGCAUCUCAGUGCGUAGAGUCCAGGCAUGUCCAAAGUCUGUCUCGGGGGCCCAAUCCGGCCCCUGUAGCAGUAUAUUUCCUGGGGUAAAAUCCUAAAAAACGCACAACUUCAACCCUAAAAAAAGAGCUCAACAACUUUGGGGUGCAAUCCU